AUGUUGCUAUUUAUUCUGCGUGUCGCUGUUGCAAAUUUAGAACAGAUAAAAUACGAGUAUAGAGUGCGGGAGGAAACAAGCCGGCCGACAUGCCACGCAAGCGCAGUGCAGCCAAGAGUUCACACGCGCGGAGAAACCGCGGUGGGCCUCCUCGUGUUCGAGUUCCCCUUCCGCUCCCCGCACCCCGCCUCUUCUCUUCAACCUUCAACAAAGCUCGCGGUCGUCCGUAUAAUAUCAUAUAGCUAUUUCCGGAAAACCGAAAACAGGGAAAGUUAUAGGGUGUGCGCGGGGCGAGGAGGGGUGCAAUACGCUCGUGGCUGUAGGCAUACGAGGUCGCUGGCCCAAACACGUGGAGGCGCACCGCGGUUUCUCUGCGUCGAAACCGAGGUGGGCCUCCACGUGCCGUCAGAGGACAUUCACUUCGCUUUAUUACAAUCGCCCCUUGCCGCCUCCCUCAGGGCCCGCACUUGUGCAUCCUGGUAUUCUUGA